CUGCUGACCCUCAAACCGCAUCCGACGAACCAUCGGAAUCGCCCAUUAUCGAUGCGACACAAGUAGGAAGGUUGUCGUUGUUGAUUUCGCCCCGCGCGAUCGUGCCCAGGACACCUCGGGCCCCCCAACCCCCCAAUCAACAUCGCAGCUUCUGCAUCAACACCCACGACGAGCGAGAAGCUACAAGUCGCCAUGGAAGCUCCGGCGGCGGAGGUCAUCGCCUCGACCGAAGUGCCGCCCGCGCACGAUGAACACCACGACGACCUCCCGACCUCCAAGCCGGCCCUGACGCCACCGACGAGUGAGGACAUGGACAAGAGGGGGCGGUCGUCGUCCGAGCUCUCUGAGCUUUCAGAUGAGGAGGAUGAGGAGGAUAUCGAGCCCGAUCAUUACUUUGAGGGUGGGAAGAUACCUGUGUUCAAGCCGACUAUGGAUCAAUUUCAAAGCUUCAAGAAGUUCAUUGAUCGGAUUGAUAAACAUGGGAUGAAGUCCGGCAUCGUCAAAGUUAUUCCGCCCAAAGAAUGGCGAGGCUCCCUUCCUGACCUAAAGGAAGCUGUCAAAUCUAUCAGAGUCAAGAAUCCGAUCACACAAGAAUUUGCUGGCCAGCAUGGAAUAUAUACCCAGCAAAACAUGGAGAAGCAGCGCUCAUACAAUUUGCCUGAAUGGAAGUCGUUGACAAUGGAACACCAUCAUCAACCGCCGGCCAAGCGCGGAGAACGACGACGUGGACAAGAGACCGCUGCGGCUCGUCGAGUUAGCCGGACCAACCUAGCAUCUAGUCCAUCGCCUACUUCUACGCCAUCCGACUCGCCCAAGCGUGGACCAGGACGGCCUCGAAAGAAGCCGCUCAAGCAACAGGAAGAAGAUGGUUCCGAUAAAGAGGCUGAAAUUACGGUCCCACCAACCCCAACUUCCCCAUCAAGGGAGGAGGAACCCAAAAAGACGAAGAAAGAAGUUAAAAUCAAGGAAGAGACCACUCCGUCUAAGCCCAAAGGACGCCAGCCUCGGACAGUUUCGUCUCGGAGGAGGAACAACCAAAACGAGAUGACCACCGUGGUUGAUGAAGAAGCCUUCAAAAACUUCAACUACCAGCUAGAGACUGUGGACCAAUUUACCCCGGAGCGAUGCCAUGAGCUUGAAGACAAUUAUUGGAGGACGAUCAAUUAUGGCCAACCCAUGUAUGGAGCUGACAUGCCUGGAUCGCUAUUCGAUGAUCGGACGAAGAGCUGGAAUGUGGCCAAAUUAGAGAACUUGCUCGACGUUCUCGGUACUAAGGUCCCCGGAGUCAAUACUGCAUAUCUUUACUUGGGAAUGUGGAAGGCUACUUUCGCGUGGCAUCUGGAAGAUGUCGAUCUCUACAGCAUCAACUACAUCCACUUUGGAGCUCCGAAGCAAUGGUACAGCAUCUCUCAAGAAGAUGCGAGACGAUUUGAGGCUGCCAUGAAAAGUAUAUGGCCAAAUGAUGCAAAGAACUGCUCUCAGUUUCUUCGGCACAAGACAUAUCUUAUCUCACCCGCUCAGUUGGAAAAGCAGUUCAAUAUCAAGGUGAACCGGCUAGUCCAUUACGAAGGCGAAUUCGUCAUCACUUACCCCUACGGGUACCAUUCCGGAUACAACCUUGGCUACAACUGUGCGGAGUCUGUCAAUUUUGCUAACGAAGCUUGGUUGAACUACGGAAGAAUUGCGAAGAAAUGCGAAUGUGAAUCCGACAGUGUCUGGGUCGAUGUGGCCGAGAUCGAGCGUAAACUCAGAGGCGAACCAACACCAGAGUAUUACGAAGAGACCGAUGACGACGAUGAGGACAUUGACGAUGGCCUGAACAACCUUCCAAGCCCGCCCGCAAGCGUCGCCGGAAAGCCAAAGGCGCCGUCACGCAAGAGGAAGCGGCCUACAGCAGCCGACAAGAAAGGAGACCCCCCCAAGAAGGUAGUGAAGCGCAUCAAGAUCCUCCUCAAAGGACCACGGAAAGAACCACCUUGUAUUCUGUGUCCCAACGACGUUGAAUUCGACGAGCUCCUCCCUACCGAUAAUGGCCUGAAAGCUCACAAGCUCUGCGCCGAAUACACGCCGGAGACUUUCCUUAGCGAAGGCCCAAGCCCAACGGUCUGCGGUGUCUCGAAAAUCAACAAAGCUCGUCUAGAGUUACGGUGCAACUAUUGUCGCUCUAAGCGCGGUGCGGUUUUCCAAUGUUCCGCGAAGAAGUGUACGAGAGCCUUCCACGCUACUUGCGCUCCUGCAGCUGGUAUUCAGGUCGAUAUCGGUCCGAUGCCCACAUUCGAUGAAGAGGGCACUGAAUACUACUAUGACGGAUACGAUUUCCGAUGCAGGUUCCACCGGCCGAAGAAGAGGAGUGCGAAACUUGUCGAUGGCGAUACCCUGGAGAACGACAAACUCAUUCAGGAAUAUGCGAGAAGCCUCAAGCCGAAGGAUGUCGUCCAAGUGCAGUAUUGUUUCACGGAUCAGAGUCAGAUCUUUGCUGGCGUUGUCGUGGAGAACCGGCCCGCCGAAUGGACUGUCGUCAUCGACGUGCUGCCUGAAGGGGACCGCGUAGAGAUUGAGUGGAAGUACCUCCUCCAUCUGGAUCCAGCGGACUCGCAGCGACCGAAACCUUCUGCCAAUGCGAAACCUAUUCCUGUUCAUCUCAAGGAGAACGAUGCCUCACUUAACAUCGCUAAUCGGACAGACGGUAUCCCUGAGAUGGGUGACCCAUUCCACGAUGCCAAUGCGGAGCAGAAAUGGGCAGAAUUCGUUACUCAGGAUGUUCGCCAUCCGUGCCAAGCCAAGGUCGACCUGGACAAGGAGAACCAACUGUGGUAUUACCUUGGUGCAACUUCGACAGAGGCUAGGGCGCAGUACACUGAGGAUCUGGCGAAACCGCGACAAAAUACGAAGGCAAACUUCUUGGACACGGUCAAACCAGCACCAGCCCUUCCACCGCCGGCAGCUCCACGACGUUCUUACCCUGCUUCGUAUCCCGUCAAGCCCGCGCCUCAGGCACAGACCCAGCCCCAGAAUCUCCAGAAUCGGGGACCCGUCAGGCCGUACCAAUACAAGCCGAGGUCAGACCAGUAUGGUAAUGCUGUUCCGCCGACUAAUUACAACUACCCCUCGGAUCAGUACAGGUACCCGCCAACCGGCCCAGUACCUUACGAUAGCAGGGCUACGGCUCCUCAAUAUGGCUACCCGUACAACAAUAGCUAUCCUCAGCCUUCUCCGACUCCUCAAUAUCACUCACACUUCUCGCCUAGCUCUACUUUCGUUUCAGGUGCACGCCCAGUGCAAGAAGUGCGAGGCAACCAAUUCCCACGGUCCAGUCAUUCCCCUCACAACUCUUAUUACCAAACUGCGCCUUCAACGAUACCACAGUACUCUCAUUACCAGAAUUACUAUCCGCAACCACCUACCCAAACCGCUGGGCUACAGCAACCACCACCGCGCAGUGUGGCUCCCGUGGCCAACAUGAUGGGCUCCAGUGCAGCAGCGUCAUCGAGACCCCAACCUACGUAUGCGACCAAUCCCUACUCCCCGUCUUCUCGUCCGUCAUUGCCCGUCCCUUAUCAGAGUAGCUACGCCAACUAUGAUAUGAGUUCCCAGAACGGACACUCGUCUGAAUGGAAGCCGAUUCAGUCAACCCAUUCUAAGCCCCCGUCCCAACCCAUCGGACCUUCCUCGCAGCCUUCGCAGCCCACUCUUUAUCGACCCCCGAGCUUGAAUAUGGAAUCCAAAGUACUUAACUUCGGCAGUGCCGGAUCGCCAGCGACGCAAGCUGCACCCCCUGCACCUCUAGCUCCUCGGCCUGGGUUGCAGUUUCAGACUCCACAGCAAUUUCAACAAGACAUAGCACGUGCUCCCUCCCAGCAAGCUCAGGAAUUGCCUCGAUUGAAAAUCCUUCUCGAUAGGCUGGGUAAGGACCAGGCGUCGCCAUCUGGCGCGCCGAAUAGUGCUCCUGCUGAAACUGCAAACGGACCCCAGUCUCAACCACCACGACGACCUAGCUGGGUAGGACAAAAUGCAAACGGUGGCCCUAUGCAGGAGCCGCCUAGGCCGAUUCCGAGCCCGAUUAGCGACACGUCGAGGAGCCCUCCACAUCCGUCUCAGGUACCUCCACCACUCCCACAGAAGCAGCCCGAGUACACCCCUCCGCAGAGGCCGCAGUUGCCCAUGCCGGUGCCGCAGCUCCCAAUGUCGACUCCGGCUGGUGAGACAUGGCGGUACUCUUAGAGGGGUUCCUGGAGAAUGUCAACGAAGCAAUAUGAACGGUAAUGGUAAUGGUUAUUAUGACGGUCGGGCGGCACAUGUAUGAGUAGAAAACAUCAUUCUUACUCGCCACUGGCGUUGGGAUCUUCGAUGUUUUACUCGGAUCAGUUUUUGGGCGGCGUGAUACGUCACCGGGCUACCCUAGAUAGGGCUUAUGCCCACGGGCUCUACGGGCUAUGUUUUUUCUCUACUUGCUUUCCUUUUCUUGCUUUGCUGGCGGUGGUUCUUUUAAUUUACGGGGUUGCUGUCUUUGAAUGGGAAUACCAGUGGCCCAGUGGUCCCGUUACGGUGGGUGGCGUCUUAGUUCACGGGAUUGGGG